UAUGCAACGAAACCGAUAAUUAUUCCUAAUGGACAGUAUCCAUAUACAUUUGUUGGACAAUCAUAUCGGUUAAGUUGUUCAACGGAAAAAUCUCAUUCAAGUCAAAUUUUUAUUAAAUGGAAUUUCGUGAAUCAAGCUUGUUAUGAACAAAAUUCAUCAUCAUCAUCAUUGUCGACAAUGAUUAAAAUCAGUGAUGUUGAAACAAUUAUUCAAAGUAAAGGAAAGGAAAAAGUUCGUCAAAAUAUUACGUUCAUCAAUGUGGAUCGCCGUUAUGAUGAUGCACAAAUCGAAUGUAUUAUAACCGAUGUAUCAAUGGCUAGAAAAAUGACAUCAUUUUCAUUGAAAAUAUAUGAAAAACCAUUCCUGAAGAUUAUUCCAUUAUCACAACCAAAUCAAAUUUAUCGCUGUAAUUCUAAGUGGCAGUAUGAAGUAGAUAUAAUAGCAAUACCGGAUGAUAUUGAUUUGAUACAUCUAUAUUGGUAUAAACAGCCAAAUGUUAUGAAUCGAUCCAUCAAUUAUGGUGAUACACGUAUUGUAUUAUCAAAACAAUAUUCAUUAAUUAUUGAUCGGGAUCAUAAAAAUCACACAAUAAAUAAUGAUAAUAUUUUUGAUCCAUAUCCGAAUCGUUUAAUACGAGCAAGUAUCGGUAUAAAAUAUUUAUCGCCAUCCGAUAGUGGUGAUUAUCUUCUUAUUGUCGAUUUGAUGGAUGGUCUUUUACGUCAUAAUCAAUUGUUUGAGUUGAAAGUUCUUGAUUGUCAUAUAAGCGAUCUAGAUGAUAAUUACAUUGUAUAUAUUUUAGCCAUUGCUGCCGUCAUAUUCAUAAUGUUAUUGUUCAUAUUUUUACUUGUAAAUCGUAUACGUAUUGAAAAGAAAGCUAAACAAGAGCUAGAAAUUCUUAGCAUCAAUCUAUUACAAUCUUCUAAUGUACGAAAUAAUAAUAAUGAUAAUGAUGAUGGUGGCCAAAAUGGAUCAAAGAUUCGAAAUCUAAUUGAUCCAAACAUACCGAUACAUGAACAGAUUGAUCUAAUCCGUUAUGAUCAUCGUUGGGAAAUAUCAUUGGAAAAUAUUGAUUUUGAUCAAACACUAUUAUUGGGACAAGGUGCAUUCGGUAAAGUAUAUAAAGCAAUUGCAUAUGGACUUGAUCAACGUUAUACGUCGUAUGCUUAUAAUACGAUGAUGAUGAUCAAUAAAAAUAAUGAAAUGAAUACCGAAAAUGAUGAAAAUGAUUGCGGAACAAUAGUUGCUGUGAAAAUGUUAAAAAAUUCUGCUACAAUGGAACAAUUGAAAGCAUUAUCCAUUGAAUUGAAGAUAAUGAAUUAUAUUGGUCAUCAUAUUAAUAUUGUCAAUUUACUUGGUGCAUGUACUUCACGUUUAAUCAAAGGUGAAUUAUAUGUUUUAAUGGAAUAUUGUUGUCAUGGAAAUCUACAACAUUUUCUACAAACCAAUCGCGAUAUAUUUAUUGAUAUUAAUUACGAGGAUGAUGAUGAUGAUCAUUGCGAUGAUGAUGAAAAACCAAAAACCUUUAAUAAUAAAAAUGAUGAAAGAAUUUCAUGGAUAGAAAUGAAACCUUAUCCAAAUAAUAAUUGUUCUGAUAAUAAGAACAAAAAUAAAAACAACAAAAACUUUAAUGAAAAUGAAUGGAAAACAUUGUCAACAAAAGAUUUACUUAGUUUUGCAUAUCAAACCGCUAAAGGAAUGGAUUAUUUGGCUAGUAAAAAGGUAAUCCAUAGAGAUUUGGCCGCGCGUAACGUUCUUUUGUGUCAAAAUGGGAUUGUAAAAAUAUGUGAUUUUGGUCUUGCACAUGGUGGUGGUGAUGUCGGCGAUGAUGAUGAUAAUACUGUAAAAUUUGGUGACAAUGGUAAACAUCAUAAUGGAACAACAUUGCAAGAACGUUUACCAGUGAAAUGGAUGGCAAUCGAAUCAUUAUUGGAAAGAAAAUUUAAUACAAAAUCUGAUGUAUGGUCAUUUGGUAUAUUUCUUUGGGAAUUAUUUGCACUUGGUAUGGCACCAUAUACUGGAAUAAAUUUUGAUGCUCGGUUUUUGGACAAAUUACAAUCCGGUUAUCGUAUGAAAAGACCUAGAUUUGCAUCACAAUCAAUCUAUGAAUUAAUGUUGAAAUGCUGGUCGAUGGAUGCGAAUAAAAGACCCGAUUUUUCAAUGUUAGCCCAAUUUUUUUGCCGUUAUGUAAAUGAAAAUUUUCUCAUGAAUUACGAACAAAUUUCACGAUUAUAUAGCCAUAUUAAUGAUGAUGACAACGAAGUGAUCACCAAUGAUCGAAAUGAAACACAUUUCUAUGAAGGAUUAGAUCCAACAAUGACAACGGCGAUGGCAAAUAAUGAUAAUGAAUAUUUAUACAUGUCGGAUAAUCAGAAUAAAAAUAUUCAACCAAAUAAAUUUUGGAACAAACCUUCAUCAUCAAUCAUUGUCGAUUGUAAUUAUGUUCGUAUGGAAUCAUCGACCAUAGUGUAACAACAGCAACAACAACAACAACAAAAGCCGCAGCCACUAAAUCGAACAAUAUUAUU